CGCAAGUCUAACUCAUAGAGGCGAUGCGUCAAGCGCAUGAUGGUUUUGGAGAGCACAAUUUUGAACGGAUUACCCACGUGCGUCAUGUGACAAGGUGCAAGCAAGCUCAAUUUCCUGAUGAGGCAACUGUAAGAGAUAAGUAUGGCAUCUAUCUGAGAAAAUGUCAUCCAAGAAUUCAUCCUGCUGGAAUAGAUUGGAGCGUAAAGUACGAUGGCAUCUUGGUGUCUGGAGAAAACCCACCCAAGGGUGUUUUCUUUGAUGCGUCUUUAUAUCGUGGGGGAAUUCCAAACAUAUCUCCUUACCCAACGGGGGAAUCACAAAAUCUCGACUACUGGCGUGUAAGAUUACCAUGCAAAUCUACACUGCGAAACAAUCAUAUCCUGUACAAAGUCACUAAAGUUGAAACCAGGGCAAGUCGAGCUGUGUUGCUGGCUCUAGCCCCUAGGCAGAACGAAUGGUUUAGACUCGCUUACGAAGAAGGUAAAAUUGAAUGUCUAGAUGUAAGAAACAAUGAGUACAUGUGGUGUGACAACGUCCAAUGGUAUUGUCCAAAAUACAAAAACAAGGGCGAUGUCUGGAUUAAACUGUUUCUUCCUUGGGACGUGCCUAUUAGAACGGAUUCUAUUUGGGAUACGGUAACAAAAACGUUUGGUGCAUAGCUAUCAUUUCUUUGAAAUCUCACUUUACGUUAGUAUUUUAGUUAUGUGUCUGUAUAUACUGGACAAAUGACGUGUGGUUUAUCAUUUUACGGUUUUUAAUGGCGCUGAUAUCUUUGUUUGAUUGCAUAAUUCAAUAAAUACAAAUUUUAAUUUGGCAUAUACAUUUAUAUACAACAGCUAUUGAGAAGUCGCCACACCAACUAUUGCUUUGCUGGUAUUCGAAGUGUAGGGCCGUUGAGGGCUUUAGUGGGCCAGGUCUUGCGUGGACAAACCCCGCCUAAACUAAAGGUAAAAAAUA